AUGUCCACCGACUCGUCGACGUCUUCCGAAUCCUUGGCGUCUUCCGGCGUCUCGUCGUCCAUCGAAAAGUUCAUUUUGCCGCCAGUGCGUCCAGUGAACCACACGAAAACGCUCGAGCCCAUCGAUGGUAAUGUGACUAAUUGAGGACGCGCACUAAUUGAAUGACUAUACAACUUGUCUUUGAUUCGUGCCGCUCCGCGACGGAACCACACCCUCUUUUGAUAUGAAAUGCGGGCGAACAAUGGACUUUUGCAGACUCGCUGGCGAACAAGCAACACGUGGCGGAGUGGACGAAUGAAAUCGGAAAGCUGUUCGGGUCGGUCGAGGUGCGCGAGAACGUCACGCAUCUACACACGCAUCUGGCGCCCGCCAUCGACACCCUCAAAAAGGUGUGCGAGGAUCCGAACGAGGGUCUGAAGCAGGAGAUCCGCAAGUUGAUGGAACACUACUCGACGAUGGCGAAGGUGUGCGAGAUGAUGGUCGACAAGAUGGAGAAGUCGGUGAGUGUCGUCGACAAUCCGAGCAACGAGAUGGCCGCGGCCGAGGAGAGGACCAAGUGA